AUGCCUGGAGACCAAGAAAACUCAGCCGCAACGGCAUCAUCAUCCCCAGCGGCAUCCAGCUCAACCAGAGUCAGCGAGACAAAUACUCGAAUCAGUCAUGACAGCUUCCAUCUUGAAAGGCCCAAGACACCAGGAGAGCUCGAAGAUGGCGAAGAUGAUCAUGAUCAAAGCCUCUUCCUCCCCGAACAUGAAAACCCAAUAUCUCAACCAUCAGAAAACUCACCGACAUCAGCCUUCUUCUGGAUGGCCAUCAACACCAUAGCCACAGUAUUGAUUGUCUUCACAAACAAAUCCAUCUUCUCCACCCCGUCCCUCCGACUAACCCAGCUCUCCUUCGCAACCUUCCACUUCCUCACCACCUACCUGACCCUCUUUCUCCUUUCGCGCCCUCCGCUCUCCCUCUUCGUCCCUCGCUCCAUCUCCCUCCGGGACACUCUCCCCCUCAGCAUCGCCAUGUCCCUCAACGUGAUCCUCCUCAAUUUGUCAUUAGCCUUCAGUUCUGUAACCUUCUACCAGAUCGCCCGGAUCCUGCUCACGCCGACCGUGGCGGUCAUGAACUACGUUCUAUACCGCUCGGUUUUGCCCGGGAGAGCCGUGUUGGCGCUGGUCCCGGCUUGUGUGGGGGUGGGGAUGGUUAGUUAUUAUGACACCCUGCCACUGCCUUCUUCUUCUUCUUCAACCGGAACCGGAACCGGAACCGGUCUAGCAGCAGACCAAACGCAAAAGCAGACAGUCGAAACCACAACCCCCCUAGGCAUCCUCUUCUCCUUUCUCGGCAUCCUCGCCUCCUCCCUCUACACCAUCUGGAUCGCCCACUAUCACCGCAAGCUCGGCGGCAUCUCCAGCAUGCAGCUGCUGUACAACCAAGCCCCCGUGGCAGCGUUUAUGCUGCUUUACGCGAUCCCCUUUGUGGAUGUCUUUCCAAAUUGGAUGGUAGACGUGCCGGUACAAAAAUGGGUGUUGAUACUGCUGAGCGGACUGUGGGCGAGCUUGAUCAACAUCAGCCAGUUCUUCAUCGUGGCAAGGACGGGCCCCGUGUCGAGCACGGUGGUGGGACAUGUCAAGACUUGCACGAUUGUGGCGCUGGGGUGGGUGGUCGGUGGACGGGCGGUUACGGAUCGAGCGGUUUUGGGGGUGGUGGUUGCGUUGGGGGGAUUGUUGGGUAAGUUUCGAUUGCCUUUUGCUGCUGAUGAGGGGACUGACUGA